AUGAAUGGUGAAAAUGUAAACGAUAGUUCAGAACCUCACACUGCGGGACAACCUUUAUCUGACUUUUUACAGCAACUGGAAGAUUACACCCCGACUGUUCCUGAUGCGGUGACAGCUCAUUACUUGCACUCAGCAGGAUUUGAUUCAUCAGAUCCUAGAAUAAUAAGAUUGAUAUCUCUUGCUGCUCAAAAAUUUAUAUCAGACGUAGCUAAUGAUGCUUUACAGCAUUGUAAAACAAGAAGUUCACAUCAAGCUUCUAAAACCAAAGGAAAGGACAGACGAUACACUUUAACAAUGGAAGAUUUGGCUCCAGCUCUUGCAGAAUAUGGAAUAUGUGUUAAAAAACCUCAAUAUUUUGUGUAA